UCCCCUGCUUGGGUGCAGCUGCAGUUAGAGGUGACCUGCCUGGUUUACUGUAGGUGAGACUGGUCCGUUAGUCCCUGAAGUUGUCCACCUUCAGCCAUGGGUGACUCCAGUCCCGUCAGAGUCCUAGUAACUGGAGCAGCUGGUCAAAUUGCCUACUCUCUUCUUUACAGUAUUGCUAAGGGAGAUGUCUUUGGGAAGGACCAGGCUCUUAUUCUUGUCUUGUUGGAUAUCACUCCCAUGAUGGGUGUGCUGGAUGGUGUAGUAAUGGAACUGCAAGACUGUGCUCUUCCUCUCCUGAAAGAUGUUAUUGCAACAGAUAAAGAAGAGGUUGCCUUCAAAGAUCUGGAUGUAGCAAUUCUGGUUGGCUCCAUGCCAAGGAAGGAAGGCAUGGAGAGGAAGGACUUACUCAAGGCAAAUGUGAAGAUUUUCAAAUCCCAGGGAAUGGCUUUGGAAAAAUAUGCCAAAAAGACUGUUAAGGUUGUGGUGGUUGGAAAUCCAGCCAAUACCAAUUGCCUGACAGCUUCAAAGAUGGCCCCAUCAAUCCCCAAGGAGAACUUCAGCUGUUUGACUCGCCUGGAUCAUAACCGAGCUAAAUCUCAGAUUGCUCUUAAACUUGGCUUGACUGCCAAUGAUGUCAAGAAUGUCAUUAUCUGGGGAAACCACUCCUCCACUCAGUAUCCAGAUGUUAACCAUGCCAAGGUUAACUUGCAAGGAAAAGAAGUUGGUGUUUAUGAAGCUGUAAAGGAUGACAGCUGGCUCAAGGGAGACUUUAUCACGACUGUUCAGCAGCGUGGUGCAGCUGUCAUUAAGGCUCGAAAAUUGUCUAGUGCGAUGUCAGCUGCCAAAGCAAUCUGCGACCAUGUCAGAGAUAUCUGGUUCGGAACUCCAGAGGGAGAAUUUGUCUCCAUGGGAGUCAUCUCGGAUGGCAAUUCCUACGGCGUCCCCGAGGACUUGCUCUACUCGUUCCCUGUUGUAAUCAAGAAUAAAUCCUGGAAGUUUGUGGAAGGCCUCCCCAUCAAUGAUUUCUCCCGCGAGAAGAUGGAUCUUACCGCAAAGGAACUGUCAGAAGAAAAAGAAACUGCUUUUGAAUUUCUUACCAUUGCAUGACUAGACAAAUAUCAUGAUAUUACAAAACACAUAAAGCCCGAAGAAUAUAAAUGUCGUCUUUAAACCUAGUACCAAAUAAUGAUACUGUACUUGACAAAACUACUUAUGAAAAACCAUGCAUUUUAAAAAUUGUGUGUGCUUCUUGGUACAGAUUUGUGCCUACUAUAUCAUCAUGUUAUCAAAUGGUGUUAGUGAUGAAGUAUAAAUAAAAAUGACCGACUCUAA